AUGUCGGCCACGCCACCCCUCUCGGCCGCAGAGCGUAUCCGCUUCCUCACAAACGACGACGACGUCUUUCGCGCCUUUGACUCAUACCCAUGGACAAAGGACAAGACGUUUCUGGCCGGCCUCUACGCCAUCCUCGGUAAACCAGACGCCCCAAACAACUCCCAAGCAUCCCUGUCCGACAUGGCCACCCACGCCCGCAUCUUCUACUAUACUCAGAAGAUCGGCGUGACCAUUGACUUCUCCCGUUAUACAACCUGGUUGGCCAAUCACCCUACCCAUCAACCACCUCACGUACUACCUGAAGAGUACACCAACACCAACACCACCAAUGACAUCACCUCCACUCCUAUUCUAGACUGGCAACAGGCUGCUCCCAAGGCAGACCUCUACAUUGACAAGGAACGUCUUCUCAAAGAGCAGCAGCAGCAGCAGUCAGAUCAACCUGCCUACCCAAUGGGUUUCGCCGAAAUGAUCAAGCUUCUCCAAGAGGGGAAACCAGUCCCAGGUAUCCGACAUAUCCCAAACACUAUCGUUAGAGACCCUUCUGUCAAACCUAUCGGCUCUAGACCUGUCCCACGCAAACCCUGGGAAAGGGAUACCGACUCACAAGUCGCCCAUCUCGAGACAAAUGAGAUACUCGACUCAACCUUCCCAGAUCUGGACACGGACACGGCCGGUACUAAUGAUGCACAGAAGUCGGCUGCUUAUGCAUGA